AUGACGGAUGGGAAUCUAAUUUCUGACUUGAUGCGGAAAAAUCUCUUGGAGUCACUCAAUUCUGGUAGUGACCAUGAGGAUGAGGUGGAGGAAGAGGAAGAAGAGACUGAUGCUGUGGGAGAGUUGAACCAUAAAGAGUGGUCUGGAUCAAAUGCCAAAGAUUGUGAUUCACGGUUCAAUGUAGCAAAUGGAUUUGAAGAGUCACCAUAUCAAUUGAAGGAGUGGACAGCCCAAACUUAUUACCAACCCUUUCAAUCAGAAUCUGUCAAGCCUGUAAUAUUUAUCGCACACCAUGGGGCCGGCUCUAGUGGGUUAACUUUCACAUUGCUUGCCAAAGAAUUGGUUAGCAUCUCCAAGGAUUCCCAAAUUAAUUCUGGAGAUGAAUUGGACAUACCGGGAUUCUUUUGCUUUGAUAUGAGAGGACAUGGUCAAUCAAAGUUUGUUGAGACAGUGGAAUCCAAAGAUUAUUCCAUUCAAACACUAUGUGUCGAUUUCAUCAGCAUUUUGAAUGAAUUCUUUGCUAGGAAUGAAUUCGAUACUGUCAAAUGUAGACCUAGUAUAUUUUUCAUUGGUCACUCCCUUGGUGGAUCAAUACUGACCAAAAUUUUGAAAGAGGAUAUGAUUGAAAACCAGUUCAUCAAAGAUUGCAUCAAAGGAUUAGUUCUCCUAGAUAUUGUGGAAGAAAUUGCUGUGAAGGCUUUAGACGGGAUGCAAGGCUAUAUCGAUCAUAGACCAAAGUCAUUUGCUUCCCUAUCAGAUGCCUUACAGUGGCAUUUAGAUUCUGGGUUACUACAUAAUGAGGAAUCAGGGCUUAUUUCUAUCCCUUUUCUAUUUUCUAAAAGAGAAACUGAAGGCUCUCCGGUAUAUGAAUGGGUGACAGACCUCAAGUCUACAAAACCAUACUGGAAAGGAUGGUUUACAGGGCUGUCCAAUGGGUUUAUUACGAUAUCUUCAAGAAUUGCCAAAAUGCUAGUCUUAUCAAAUCAUGAAAACCUAGAUAAGUAUCUCACCAUUGGUCAAAUGCAAGGUAAGUUUCAAUUAGUGGUUUUCCGGAAUCAGCAAAACUCACAGUUUGGACAUUUCAUACAUGAAGACAUUCCAAACAAAGUAGCAUACUCCAUACUAGAUUUCGUCGAUAGAAAUGACUUCACCCGUCCGAAGUCAGUUUUGCAUCACGAUGAGGGAACUUCUCAAAGAGAGCUCAUACAGAAACUAAACGCCAAAUGGGGUGUUAAAAAUUAA